GCGAAGGCGACAUCAAGCAGCAAAUGGCCGCUAGGGGGUUGGCGUUCGUAGUGGCAGUCAUAAAUUGACUUCUCCCAGCGCGCCGUGCCUGCGGACGACAGCCGCGGCGCGUGUAACCCGCCGUACCUUCAAACUGAGCCUUGGCUCUCCCGGCUCUAGAUCCGGCACCAGCGCCAUAUACCGCUCGACGAGACCGGUGCCGCUAGCGUGAGCCUAAUGGCAACCUCUCAGCACCAGGAUGCCCUGGAGAAGGCGAAGGAACGCCUCAAGAGCAAUUACUCGAAGGCGCGGUCGGCGCGGCACGGCGCGCAGCUCUGCCAGCCGACCGCGCUCGGCUCGUUCCGGCGGCCCGGCGCGCGGCCCGCACCGCCACCGCGCCCGCGGGCAGCACCGCCCCGCGCCCCGCCGAUCGACCUCACCGGAGAGGCGCCGACGCUCUCGCCCGCUCUGAAGGCGCAGGGUUGGGCGGUGAAGCAGUCUCGUUCGACGGGAGGGUAUUACUACGUCCACACGGCGAACGGGCGUGAGUGGUCGCAGUGGGAGCCGCCGGUCGCGCCGGAGCGGCGCUCGUCGCCUGAGCGGGCCGCGGCGGCACUCUUCAGCGAUGAAGACGACGACGGCAGCGCCAGCGACAGCGAAGACGAAAUGCCAGUGAGCGCGCUGCUCGCGCGGCAGGCGACGGCCAACGACGAGGCGAUCGCUCAGGCGCUGGCCGGUUCGCCGCCAAAGCGGAGCCGUAGGAUUACGGGCGGCGUCGGCGGCCGGCGCCACGGUAAGAAGCGGCGAGAGCCCGUCGUUCAAGUUCCCGCUGCGGCGGACGACGGCGACGACUCUUCGAGCGUCUGGAGCCAGUCGUCGCUGUCCGACUCGAACCCGCCGUCGCCGACCUACGAGAGCGUCAUGGAGUCGGGCGGCAUCGACUACGAGAGCGGGUUCCUCGACGACGAGAACCCAGCUCCUGCGGGCCGCGGGCGCGGAGCUAUCAAGCCAGCAUGGAUGACCCGCGGCGGCGCACUCGUCGACGACGACUUCCGACCGCUGGGUUCGCGAGCGGUGCUGGCCGCGGCGCCGGCGCCGCGGCCUCCUCCGCAGCCGCGCGCCGCUGUUUCGACGCCGCGGCCGUGGAGGAAUCCCUACGCCGCCGAGGCGGCCGCGACGAACGCGGCGCCGGCGCCGCGCGGCUGGCGCAACCCGUACGCGGCCGAGGCGGCGGCGACCCACGUCAUCACGCCCGAGGGCGCGCCGUUCGGACAGGCGCCGCGCUGGGCGCCGCCCACGCCCUGGGGCCCGCCGGUACUGCCGGUCCAGACGCAGUCGGAGCCCUGGACCUCGCCUCAGCAAUGGUCGCAGCCCCCGCGGGGACCGGCGUUCCCGCCGUAUGGUCCAGGCGGUUAUACGCCGGCCCCGCCCGGUCCGAGCGGUUACACGUCGGCUCCACCCGUCGGUGGCUACACGCCGGCCCCGCCCGUCGAUCACGAUCUCUAGUGACGAUGCCGACUUUGACGGCGCGGAGUUCUCGGGCGACGAGGGCGAGACGCCGUCGGUGAGAGCCGGGCGGGCCGCCGAACGGCGGCGGGCCGGCACCAUCGAGCCAAGAAUUCCGCCGCGAGCGCCGUGGCCCCCCGCGUCGGGCGACGGCAAGACGUCGCACGGCCGCCAAAGGGCGCGCAGAGUCACGGCUGCCGAGGUCGACGCGCCAGCCCUCGCGAAUGCCCUCAGAGGCUGGCUCGCCGCGAAGGGCGGCGGCAUCUACGCCUGGCAGCUCCCCGAUUUCUACAAGAGUCCCGCCUGUACUGGUCUGGAGGUGCCGACGCGCAAGUCAGUCAAGCUGCUCCGCACCGUCGAAAACUCGGGCCUGCGCUUCACGUACAUGCCCCACCAUAACACAGGAUCUGAGGGCACCUGGUGGAUCGCGCUCGAUCACGGGGCGCCCGCGUUUGCGCCGCCCGCCGAGCCGAAGCGAAGUCCGCGUGGCGCGGCGCGCGGCUCGAGGUCGCCUGAACGCGACGAGCCGGCGCCGCCGUCGCGCAGCGCGCCCGCGUUCGCGCCGCCGGGUUCUGAGCCGGCCGCGCCCGCGUUCGCGCCGCCGGGUUCUGAGCCGGCGCCGGCGCCCACCGAUAUCCACGGCCUGCCCGACGCCAUCACGCGCCUCGACGAAGACGUACUCGCGUAUCUAUUUCAAAACGACGCGCUCUACGACUCGCUCUUUGUCGAGGGCCGACUGGACGAGGACCGGCUGCGGGACGCCGUUGCGACCUUCGAGGCGUCGGUGCGCGGCGCGGCGACGUAUCAGAAGCCCGAGGCGACAGAAGAGGCACCGCCUCUGACCGCGGACGGGGCGGUCGACGCCCUCUACGAUAUCAUCGUGUCGCAAGGCGUCGACUGCAUCGACGCCUCACGCCUGACGCUGGAUUUUUCUGCGUUCGGUGGUGUCAAGGCGCUUGUUAGGGCGCACGGUGGCGAGAAACUACGCUGGGUAGACGUUGGGCAGCGCGGCCGCGUCGUCGUCGUGGGGGCGGGCCGCAGAAGUUGCGAGGCCGUGGCGCCGCCGCCCACGCCAUCGUUCCUCAAUCGCCCCGCGGCGGUGGUGGCGCCCGAUCUGGCGCCGUCGUCGACCGGCUUCUCGGCCGAGGCCGCCUCUACCCCGAAGGCGAUCCCGGCGCCGCCUGACGAAAAGCCGCGGCACUGCCGCAUCUGCGGCGAAGCGUUCAGCGUGGGUUGGAGCGCUACUGAGAGCCUGUGGGUCCUGGAGGGAUGUGUCGCUAGCUCCGUAGACGACGGCACCACGGCCCUGGUCCACGCCGACUGCCGAGCGUCGGCCGCCGCCCUGGGCGACGUCAUCGAGGCGGCCGCGCUCAUACCCGAUCCUAGCGCCCCGAGGACUGUCUCACCGAGGGCCGUGUCGCCGCCGCCGCCGAGCGCCGUACGUACCAUCAACGACGCCACGGUCGCGGCACGCACGAAGCAAAUUCUAGCGGAGGACGAGUCCAUCAAGGCGCAGUACGGCGCCGGCUCGCUCACCGUGCGCACGCUACGAGCCGCGGUCGCCAAGGCGCUCGGGGUCGAAGAGGCCGCGGUCAAAAAAGUUGUGAAGCAGACGCUCAUGGCUCAGAUCGCGGCUGAUAACAAGACUGCCGACGACGACGUCGCGGUGGCGUCCGCACCGGCACCGGCAGCCGCCGAUGCUGACGACGACUGGGGCUCCGCUACUUUCGGGAUGUCUGCGGCCGCGGCUCCGGCGCCCGCGGUGCCCGCGCAAGCGAGGAAGUCGCGCUUCGACGUGCCGCCGAAGACCGCGCCGGCACCGGCAGCCAUCGCCGACGUCGCCGCUCCAGAACCCGACUUCGGAGCGCGGCUGGCCGCCCGCGCCGAGCGCUUCGGCGCGAAGGCGCCGACGGACCAGCGGGACCGGUCGCGAAGGAGGGAUCGCUCGCGGUCGCGGUCGCGCGAGCGCUCCAGGAGGAGGGACAAGAAGCGGAAGGGAGGCGACGUCUACGUCCCUCCCCCGCGGCGGCAGGAGCGGCGGUAGGUGACUUAUGUGACCUAAAUACACGAACAACCUUA